GCUCUGGGCACCCCACUAGAGUCUUACGUAUCCCAACUUCCGGUUCGUGUUCGGAUUGAACGAAUGCCCUCUCGCAGUGGUCUCGUACACGCACGUCUACGAGGUGCACAGAAUGCAACCGGGAAAACGCUAACCUUCUUGGACGCGCAUUGUGAAACCACAACGGGUUGGCUGGAACCGUUAUUGGUUGAGAUCGCUCGGGAUCGACGGCGGGUCAUCUGUCCCAUUAUCGAUGUGUUGGAUUUUGAAACAUUCCAAUACUCUGAAGGUAAUUCGUAG